AUGGCCUAUGCCCAUUUUAAGGGUAAGUUCUGCAAUAUCUCGGUCAUCACUGUCUAUACUCCAACGCUGUCGGCAGAUGACCGUAAUAAAGACAAGUUCUAUGCGGAACUUCAACUGCUAACGAAAUCUCUACCGAAACAUGACAUGAUCAUAAUCGGAGGAGACUGGAAUGCUCGCGUAGGUCAUAAUGCAGCUGCGAUGAUCUCAACAAUUGGCAAAUAUGGCAUCGGAGACCGGUGUGCCAAUGGGGAACGUCUUCUUCAUUAUGCUGAAGAGUAUGAACUUUGA